UGGUGUAUGCUUAUCAUUUAUCUCAAAAUUUUUAUCAGGUUACCGAAGUGGCUGAUUCGUUGGUCUGAUUGUCCUAAUUAUUCACAAGACCAAUUCCAGAGAAUUUAUCGAAGAGUUCUUUUGUCAAAACUGGCGGGAAACAACCUGUUGAUCUUUGGAACAUUUCCCCCCUCGUGUUAUUCGGACGCUUCUUUUGGAUGAAACUUUUGUUGUUCGAAACAUUUGCUCGUACCGGCUGUUGUCACGGUGCAGCCUAGGGAGCAUAAGGACACAUGAUUCUGUGACGUCGCCUGUGUUGGGGGGAUGACGUCAGAAGCAUCGCCUCGCUUUCCCUCUCCACCCCCCGUUCCCAUCUCCGUGAAAGCGCGUGCGCAGGAGAUUGAGGCCCGUUCCGGAACACCUGGCAAGGGAUUCAUUCCCAAAUCAUCCCCACCUGUGGCUCCUCCAACCAGGACACUACAGCAUACAGGGUCUCAAGAAUCUACGACAUUCUCUAGCCUCACCUCAAGUCCACUUAGAAGCAUUACAGAAUCCUUGUCCCCAGGCCCAUCUCGUCGCUGUAGCGAAGGGGACAUAUUUCUCCGCUGCAAGCCCCGGCCGCCGCCGGUGGCCCCCAAACAACGGAGGGUUAGUCUAGAGCAAGGUACUUUGCCUGCUGUCCCCGAGAGACGAACUACCCUCAGUCGAGUUUUGGAGAAUAGUCAUCCUGCCCCUGCGAGCGUGUGCCAAACAGAAAAUACUUCUAAUUUUGCUUCAUUCACAAACGCUGUCGAAAGUGGCGUCACGUGCCGAGCAGAAGCAGCAGACGGUUUUAGUCCCGCUAUCUUUAGCCGCUCCCUCCCAGCUAGCUCUGCAACGACGAAGCAGCCGCAGUCUCCCCUGGAUGACAUUAUAACUUCACUCGAGAAGAUCUGUGACGAGUUUACCUUACCUGAGAAAGUGAGUAAGCGACCUGAAAGGGUUGGCCGACGUUAUACCGCUGUUGAUAGCUACCAAGAUUCUUCAUCAUAUCAACGUGGCAACGAUGAUGUUUUUGAGAAGAAACAAGCCACCUCAAAUUCUUCGCAACAAACAACUGGAGGUUCCAGCUUAUUGAAUCAUUCAUGGCAGAGCCCAAGUGAACAUGCAGGCUCUCGUAACGUGCUUGGCCCUCGUGGUAGUCCCUUGAAACCCUCGGAGUACGAGAUUUCAAACAACACCUUUGAGUAUGUCAAUCCUACAUUUGUGCAGGAUGAUGAUGAAGAAUCUGAACCUGUUAUCUACCGUUCGACGCUGCAGUUCACUCCCAAGCCGCCAGACCGACAUGCUGUGAGUGCCACUCUGCAGGUGUCAUCGCCGAAGCUUUCGUCUCCUUAUCGUGUAGAAAGAUCGGCAUCUUCUUGUUCGGACAACCAUUCAGCUGGAUUCUAUCAGAAUUUUCAAUCAAAAGACAGUUCUGACAACAACACAACUUGGAGAAAAUCAAAUGACGUUCAGACCACCGUUUUAGACCGUAGUUCGGGUGAUUUGCAGAUCCAGACUGUCCGAUCCGAUCAAAGACAAGUAUUUAAAAAGGAUGACAAGCAUAGAGAUGAAGCAUGUCCCACCUCAGGCUCUGACUCUAAACUGAAAAAACCUGUCGUUGCUUCCAAGCCCGAACUACCAAAGGUCUUGACCUCCUCUUUGGUAAGCCAGGACACUGACUACUUAAGAUUGAAGGAUAAGAAAGCACAUGAUGGUACAAGGCGUGACAGCAGUCCGUCAGAGGAACUUGAAAUUGUAAAAAAUAUUCUAGCCAACUUAGAUUUCGACAAAUAUAAGAGAAGAGCAUCAUUAGAGACCGAUCGUAAAGCUUUUGACAUGGAAGAAAAAUCUCCCAAGCCCCCUCGAGCUCAGAAGUCUGGCAGUGGGAAAUUUAAGGAUCAUCUAUUGGAUCUGUUGAAGCCUAAUUCUGAAAGUCCUAAAAACCCAAAGUAUCGCCCACUCGGUAUAAUCCGCAGCUCUUCGUUUUCAAAUGCCGAAGAAAAUGCUUUCCUGGAGGAUAGAGAAAAGGCGAAAGAGCUUCUUCAGUCUCCCAAGAAGAUAUCCACAUUACCAAGGGGGAAAUCAAAAGCACAGCACCAACCCAUUAUGAAGGUGACCUCACCCCCAGCAGUUCCCGCCGUGGCCUCUUGCCCCAGCAUCGUGAAGUUGGAAUCACGCGUCUCUAAAAGUGACACUAGGAAUCCAGAUGCUGCUCAUGACGAGGGCCUCGUUUCCGAUUCCGAGGUGGGACCCGGAGCUUACGUCACGGCGUACGUGAGUUAUAUGACAUCAUCGCUUCCCUCCCAUUCUUCCGGAAGACCUGGUCAUUUUCGUUCCGCAAGUGACAAUGUCACUUCCGCCACAUCUUUACUCAUUCCAGAAGUGCGGAUGAAAAAAACGAGCAGUGCUGAAAGGCUUUGGUCUACUGUCUCUAGUCGGCUCAAUGGCACCGAAAAACGCAAACGGCGCAAAGGAAUUGGUAGCCAGCAACCAGAUGGGUCCACAGUCCAAUCGAGUCCGGUCAAAUCUGGCACAGGACGGUCUCUGACGUAUCCUCCACAAAGGAAGAGCUCUACUUCCGAAGAAGAGCAAGAGUACUCGUCAGUGGACAGUAAUGGCCUGAAGUCUUUAAAGUUGUUGACAACUGGAUUGAUGGGUUCUGAUGCAGAUGCAGUGCAUUUGCAGAGUGACCUAUCUCUUGCUGAUAGCCAUUUAUGUCCUAGUGAAGGCACUGUGGAUGAAACUUACCAAGAUGUCGUUGACAGUGUUAUGCAUUCCCCAUCCGAGACUCAGUAUCUGUCGGUGGAUGACCAGAGCUCCAGUGGCAAUAACAAACCACACAAGAAGAAGCAUCACAGUGAUCCCGGUGGGGAAGCAUAUUCUCCAACCUCUGGUGAUGGUUUUAUGACUGACACAAUCGGGUCCUCUCGCAGUGAACCAGAGUUAGGUGGAAACGACACCCUGACGACCAUCUCUUCGUCUUGCUCAUCUGCUUCUUCAGAGACUUCUUCCAGAGCGACGCAAACUCCCCAUCAAUCAGACGAUUUACAACAUCCCCAGCUGAAGUUAGUCAUCGACGCUCAUGUGUCAAAAGGUGGUCAAGGGUAUUGGCAAGGCAGGGCAACUUCGAGUGGAUCAUGGACAUCGGGAGCAAUUACUAAUAGUCGGUUCCUUUUCCCGGACUUGGACUCAAGCAGUCAACGACUGGCUAUUGAAAACAAUCCAGCCUCCAAGAGCCCUCAAGAACAAAGAAGGUACUCUAAACGGAGGCUGAGAGGUCCGUAUGGGGAGAUGCUUGAGGAAGAAAUGCGGAAAUCAGGUGAGAAGCAGAAAGCAGCAUACAGCGAUCUCAGUUUCCUCCAAGAAAUUUCUGAAAGCAGACUUAGAAAUCAAGAUGCUUCUACUGCAACCGAGCAUAUGCCUCAACAACAAAAUCGGCCUACUAUGUUCGUAAGCAGCCAAUCCUUGGAUGACGAUAGUACAGCGUCAUCUAGAAAUGAACUUGCUAUGUGCGUUACACCCAAGCGAAAAAUAAGCGCUAAUUAUCCUUUGUUAACUGACGGAGAACAUGUGCCGAUCGCGAGCGACGAAGAAUUAUCCUCCGCUAAGCUGACACCAGAGGCACCUUUGGCUAAACUGGAUAAGGUUCUCGAUGAUGAUAGUACUACUGAUAGUAAAACUCCCUCGCAAGAGACAGUGAAAAGUGAGGUAGUCGAAGCAUCAGGUCAAGAUUCUAAAGUGGUUAACAAAAAUUGGGACACCAGGACCCAUGUCGUGUACGAGAUUGUGGAAACAGAGAGAUCAUAUGUUGAAUCUCUCCAGACUCUGGUUAACUAUAUGGGAGCCCUUAAGAGUGCAGAUUACAGUGGAGUUGUAGAAGGGGGUAUUGUUGACGAAAUCUUCUUUCAAAUACCUGAAAUUCUGAAUAUCCAUGAGUUGUUUCUUGAUGGUCUCCAAAAAAGGUGUAAAAAUUGGGAAAUACAGUUCACCAUUGGAGAUAUUUUCAUAGAAUCGUUCGCCAAGGAUGAAUUCACAAAGCAAGUUGUAAUUGAUACUUAUACAGCAUUUAUCAAUAACUGGAAAUGUGCUAAGGAUGCUACAAAAAUCGCUACGCAAGCGAAGCCGGCUUUUGCAAGAUUCUUAGAGCACAUGUCCCGUGAACACAAAGGCAAACUUGCCCUUGAUGCUCUUCUGAUUAUGCCGGUGCAGAGAAUCCCACGGUAUGAGUUGCUGAUAAAAGAGCUUUUGAAGCAUACAAAUAUGGAUCAUCCAGAUCAUCAUCUUCUAGUCCAAGCUCAAAAAGAAGUCCACGACCUAGCAGUAAAAAUAAAUCGCGUAGAACGUGAAGCAUACCAAGUAGAGCAAAUGCAGCAAAGAGUUCGAGAUAUUGAGCAACACAUUGAAGGAGUGGUAGAUUUAUGUAUUCCUGACAGAGCUUUCAUACGACACGAUGUCGUGACUAUCCCGACUGUUCAGAGUAAGGGAGGUCUUGGUACAAGGAAAGAAAGAUGUCUGUUCCUAUUCUCUGACAUACUUCUUAUUACUAGUAUUAAGAGAAAAAGUACAGCUAUAAGAAAACCUUCAACCGCCCCCUCGACAUCGACAACUACAAGCCCGUCGCAAACACCAUUUACAGUUUUAGAAUCAAAUAAAUACAAGCUUCUGACUAGAUUCUCUCUUGAUAGCAUGGAAAUAUCUAAAGGUACUGAUGUCAACGUAAAGAAGGCAAUGAAGGAUAUCGAAGCUCUAGAUGAAGAUCUAAACGUAUUGGCUCACAUCAGGGAACUAGUUGGGAAGCUGACUGUACCUCAUCAAGUGUUGGACGAUGUCGUCAGGGACUUGUCUGCUGGAAUAACGAAACAGAUAUUGGAUAAGCAGAACAAUGAUUCUUCGCUUAUUACUGUGGAGCUGACUGUCACUACUCCGGAGCAUGUGGACAAUCUUACUAUUCAGUUCCCUUCUCCUGAAAGAAGGGCCGUGUGGAGUGCUGCAUUUACCGAAGCAAAGCUAAAGCUAGGUCGUAAUCUACCACCAGAAUUGAAGAAAGCAUUACCUAUCAGAAAAACUCGCGCCGGACUUCAGUUCACUUGCGCAGCGGCAACCUUAGGCUGUAAUCAGCAGGGCCUACGCGAAGUUUGGGUCUGCAAUAGUGAUGGUUAUGUGGGACAAGUCUGUGUGCUUAGCUUACUGCCUGAGCCAACAGUCAUGUCUUGCAAUGGUGUGUGCAACGCACGCAUCCUUACUAUUGUCGCUGUUCCAGCAACUUGCUCUAUGAUUUCAGAUAAGUGUUCACCAGUAGAUCAAUGUUCACCAGUAGCUGAAGCUUCUGGAGGAAUAAGCAUUGAAGUAGAAGAAGUUGUAGAAGAAAGUAAUCAAGAACAAACCAAUAAUGGAAAUAUUCAGUUGGAUAGUGAUUCAAGUGAUGAUGAAGAUAAUAAUGAAGUGCCCGAUGAUGAAAAGAUAAAAGACGAACACAGAAAAAGAGGAAAUUCAAUACCUCGAGAAGAUGGCCAAGAUGAUAUGGAUUACAAUCAAGCCACAAUGUGGUUGGGCACUGAAGAUGGAUUUAUUCAUGUUUACCACUCUAGUGAUAAUAUUCGAACGAAAAAGAACAAAAUUAAAUUUCAACAUAAUGACUCCAUCCACUGCCUCAUAUAUUUUGAAAAUCAAGUAUUUGUGGCACUUUCAAAUGGAGACGUGUUCGUCUAUGAAAGAGACCCUUAUGGAGGUUGGAGUACCAGUGAACCCACCAAAAUCAAGCCUGGAGUUUUUUCUGCUCCAGUAACAGCAAUGUUGGCUGUAGAAGGAAAGAUGUGGUGCGGAUGCCAAAAUCUUGUCAAUGUUCUAAAAACUGACACUUUGGAGGUAGAGCAUACUUUCCCUGUUAGCAAUGACCCUUCACGCCAGGUCCUUUGCAUGGUGGUAACUGGCUUGGGUGUUUAUACUGUUGUAACCUCUAGUGCAAUUGUUCGACUCUAUCAUGCUAAAAGCUAUGUGCAUAUUAUGGAUAUAAAUGUUGCCCCUAUCGUGACUAAAACUUUAACUGCUGCCACUGAUGAUAUCAUUAAGCAACAUAAAUCGGCAUGUUUAAGAAUUACUGCGAUGCUUACCUGCAAAGAUUUGCUUUGGAUAGGGACGAGUGCAGGAGUUAUACUUACUGUACCUAUUUUCCCUGUUGCCUCUAAUACUACAACUUGUGAAGUCUCGCCUACUGUGAUUGCACUUCCUCAUGGGCAUACUGGGCAUGUUCGCUUUUUAACUUGUGUCGAAGCAACUCCUGGAGCACCAUUGGAUCCUGCUGGGAAUAACAAAGGUUCUGUCCGUUCAACUAAAUCAAAAGAAAAUGUGAAUGGGCGUCGUGCAUCUACCAGUGCUGCUUCUACUGUGAGUAAUAAAUUAUUAGUCAUCAGUGGUGGUGAUGGCUAUGAGGACUUUUCAUCUUCCUCAGGACUUAAUGAACAAGCUGGCCAUGAUGACAGCACCAACCAUUUGCUACUUUGGUAUGUGUGAUACUACACUUAGCCAAUAUCAGUCAUUCUGCCUGUGAUACAUUAUAUUAUUUGUUUUUAUGCCCAUAGCACUAUUCCAUGGUGAUAUUACAUACAAUACAUUAAGAGAUAUGUUAAAAAAUGCAUACAUAUAGAUAUAAAAGAAAAUAAAACUAUGAAAUGUGUGUGUAUGUUUCCUAUAUGUGAAAGUAGAAAAAGUUUUUCACAUAACAAUCUGAAAGAAAAAUUUAAAGAAAAAAAAAAUAUAAUGGAUUAUGUUUGUUAUAUCUACUUGAAUACUAAUCUUCACGUGAUGUAAAUCAUAAUAUAGUGUAAAAAUUAAAAUAAAAUUUUCUAUUUUAUAAUAAAAAAUGAAAAUCAUUGGAGUAUAUGAUUCUUUGUUCGAUUGCUUGCUCUAGAACUAAUUAAGAGUUAUCCAAUAUUGUAAAGUCUUUGAAGACACAUUUUUUAAAAAUUUCUCGUUUAAGAGAAUUUCAAAUAUCACCACUAUUAUUAUUAUGAAAAAUGCCAGUGAAAGCAACUGCAUUUGAAGGAUUAAAAGCUGGUUUGUUUGUUUUUUUAUUUCGAACGAGCGAAAUAUAAGAAAACAAAAUCUGUAUCAUCUUUCUUGUUAGUUAGAAUAACUAAGACUGGUUAUUUAGAGAUAUUUAGGGUUAAAGAAUCUAUUUCAGAAUUGUUUUAAAUAUGAUCUUACUUAUAGCAAUGGUCGCAUAAGAUGAUUCAAAUGACUCACAGAUUGAAUUAAUCAAAGAAAAUGAUUGAAAGAAGACUGAAAAGUUUCAAUAUCUUGAAUUAAUCUGACGUUCUAAAAUCGCCUAUUACCCAAAAGAAUAACCCCACCUUGUAUAUCAAAAAAUUUUUCUCCUAAAUGAGAGGUAAAUUUCAUAUACAAAAGUGCUUCAAGGUUAACUUCUGGUUUCGUUAUUAAUAUAAAUAUGCUUUUCUCUUGCCCCCCCCCUUUGAAAAAAUAUUGUAAGGAAUUCAGUUCAUGAAGAAUGUAAUAUUAUUGAUUUUUAAGCAGUCUUAAGAUUUCAUUGUUUUUUUUUAAUAUCAGAUAUUAUUCUUAAUUAACUAAAAGCUGUAUUUGAUUAAAUAUUUCCUGCCUUAAUUUCAGAAACUUAUAUUGUUUUCAGAAUUGACAAUGCUAUCUAAUUUUUGUUUUGGGGUUAAUGCUGUUAGAAUGUAGUUUUUAUGCAGUUAGAAUGUAGUAGCAGACAGUCCAGUUCGUUACCAAUUUGAUUUCACAGAUGCUGCUUUCCAAGGUUUUCCAUUUUUGUCACCAUGUUCAUUUAGUAUUGAAAAAUCUCAUGAAAAGAAUUCCUCUAUCCUCUUAUUAUGUUUGAUAAAACUGAAUAUCAUAAAACUUAUGUUAAUUUAUAAAUUAUUUGAGUUUGAAUUUAUUUGUUAGUUCACAUAUGCCCAUUCUAUGGACAGCUUUUUUAGGGGGGGGGGGAUGAUACCCAUUGGAGGUUAAAUUUAUCCUAUAAAUAUGCAUUUCUCAUGAUAAAUAUAAAUUAUUUGCAUUUUGAGAUUGAGAAACAGCGUUGGGAUCUCUUAAAAAUAUUUCGCUAUUCCUCCCCCAUUGUGAUAAAUUCAUUUUUACGUUUAAGCCACAUAUUAAUUUUUAGAUUGAUUAUGGAUGCACUUUUAAAUUUACUGUUGAUCGCAAACAUUAGUGUAAAGUCGCUUGUUUUUUAUGCCCUUUGCAAUUUAAAAGUGUAAUUUCCUGCUAAUUAUAAUGUUUAGUAUUACAUACGAAAGUGAGCAGCAAUUAUAGGUUCUUGAAAUUAGUAAAGAAAAUUGCCAUAUCUGUAAUUGCCACAAAUGAUGGCUAUGCUCAAAUUAUGCUAAAUUAAGUGGGGAUAUCUCUAAAAACAUAUCAAUUGCGCAUAGUGUCUUUGCCCUACAUAUCUAAAUGUUAUGUAUUUUUCUAACAAUAUUCAUUGAUAUAUUUACCUCUUAUUGAAGUAUGUUAUUUUUCAAUUCUAACUUUACACUUGCAACCUGUGAAUAAAAUUAACGUUAUUGCUAACGUUCUGACUUAGAUAUAUUUCCAGCUUAAAAAGUUACUUUUAAAGCUCUCUAAAUAAAGAGAGGGGAUGAUCAUAUUCUGUUUGUUCUGAUUUUAAAGAGAGUUAUUAUUAGAAUGAUAAUGUGAAGGUAUGGAUUUGAAAUAUAUAUAUACGUUGUUCUUUAAGAUUAUUGAUAAAAAGAUUAUAUAAUUCAUUAUAUAAUGGAAUGCAAUAUAUGAUCCCUAAAUGUAUCUAUUCCACCACUAUGUACUUAGUGCUUGGGCUUCUAAUGUUCUAAAAGAAUUGUCGAAUCCCAGGCAGACAUGAUUGCCCCUGAAAAUGUAAUGUUAUGGACUUGGUCCAGAUAUUUCUUUUUAUUUUUCGAUCUACGAAUGUAACGGGUAAAGAAGAGAAGCAGUAAUUUUAAAGUUCUAAGAUCUAUUUCGAGAUAUGACAUCUGAACUUCGAUCUGCAUGAGGCAGAAUAAAAGCCAGCUUUUUUUGUUUCUUGUGAUAAUUUUUGUGAUAAAUUAUGAAUAUUUUUUAAAUUCAGUUUGCUUUCAUAUAGUUGAUUUUUUUAAUAAACUGGCUGAGAUCAAAUAUCCGAAUGGAAUUAAAUGAUCAAAAAAUUUAUUUUCGUUUUAUUGGUUUUUUUUUCUUUUGUUUUUGAGCUGCUAAUUAUGUUCUAAUUAUAAAGUUCAUAUGUUCUGGUAGAUAUAUCAAAUAAGUUGUAUCAAUUAAUCUUAUGUUUCUAAGUUAUGAUUCUUCAUGUUCCAUAUGUGUAGAAAUAGAUAUGUGAUUAUAGAUAUAUGUGUUUGUGUAAAGCAGCCAUAGAAAUAGAAAGUUAUGUUUAAUGUGCAUUAGAAAAUGCUAAAUAUUGUUUGUGAAGCUUUGCACUUGAAAUCUAAUUAUUCCAAUUAAUAACUCUCAAUUUCAUUGAAAUAUAUGAAAGAUAUAUGUGGUCAUAUGUUUAUAUAAAGCUUAUAGGCAAAGGCAUGCUGUUGUCUGUGAUUCUGAAGGGUAUUAAGCUUGGUAUAUAUUCAAUGAGUGAUGAAUUCUAUGUGUAUGCAUUACAUUCUCACACUUUCUUGAAUAUAAGAAAAUGCUUAAUGGAUUGCUAAUGAAUGUUUGCACUAGAUUGCAUGCAAAUGUAAUGUAUAUUAGAGUGCACAGAAAGAAUAGUAAAGUUGUGAUUGAAUUGUCCAGUUUUUAAGAUUAUCAUCACACUAUUAUUCAAACAUUGUUGUACUUUUAAAAGUUUCUUUUUAGAUAUAUAUAAGUACAAAAAUUUGUUAUUUUAAAAAACGUGAGCAUUUUCGCAACCUUUUAACCAUAUUAUUUAUUUGACUAAAAUAUAUUUUAAUUUCUUCAAUUUUAACUGUCAGUAGAGCUGGUUUUAGAUGUCACAAUACACACUUAAAAUUGUUUUUUUUUUCAUUGUCAGAUAAUUAACUUCUAAAUUAUAAGAAAAGAAUAGCUCCGAUGUGGAUAUUUUUACUCGCGAGAACUGAGUUGUCCAAAAAGUUUUUCUUUCUCCAUUUGUAAAUAUAUCUUGUCCAUUCUCAUAUGCAUCUGUUACAAUGACAAGAUGCAAUAAUUUGGUGCAUUUGAAGUUGUUUCAAGACUUUUCGAUAUCAGAUUUUCAUACUGAAUAACAAUAAUCAGUAUAGAAUAGUAAUAAAAGAAUUGUAAGUGUCAGAGGAACAAGUACGAAGGUCAAAUAGAUGUGAUGGCUUUCUGUAAGCGCGGGCCCUACUUUUUGUAAUGCUUUUAAUUCAUUCUAAAAUCAGCUCUAAAGUAGAACAAUCUGACUCAAUUUUUGUUAUGAAACUGAAUUUCAUUGUAUUAAAUUAUUUUAUAAAUUGAUAAUUUUAUAUCAUUCCAUUUAGUUAAAAAAAUUACUCAAGAACAAUAUUAAAAUAAAAAUCGAUUUUGCGGUGAAAUUUUAACUAUGCUCACAUAAUUUUUCAAUUUUGUAAUGGAACUAACUUAAGGUCUACUGAUGAUUUUUGCUAAAUUUAUAACUAAAUAUUUAUGUUGUUUUCAUAAGAUUAAAUCUGUUUAUUAUCUUAUAUUUUACCAAUCAUUGAAAUGUGAAUGGUUUUCUAAUUUAAACAGAAAGAAAAAUUUGGGGUAUGCAACAUUUGGUGUAUGUAUAGUCUUGUUAAUCACGCAACAGAAUUUUUUAAAAUUAAAAAAGGAAAUCUUAAAAAUACCAGCUAAAAAAAUGUUUCAGAGAAACAUAGAUCCUAUAGCCAGGUGUAAUAAACAAUACAUCGAUUCUAUGUUUUCUAUCGCUUAACGUAAUUAAAACGCUACGUUUGACAAUUUAAGAGACUGCUUAAUAUUAAGAAUGUUAGAUUCUAUAUUAAGUAGUAAAGUAUUAUUACUCAUAUGAGAUCUUUGGAAUACGUAAAUAACAAACACGAAGGUAAUGAUUUAGUUACCUAAUGGAAAUCACUAAUAAAUUCUUUAACAAAAACAUUGGAAAUCAGAAUCAAACAAAAUUUUUAGAGUAGAUCAGUUUCAUAUCAAAAGAAAUUGCAUUAUCAUAUCUUUAAAAUGUAUUAUUUAUAAUCGUCAGGAGACAGUUGUUUGGAUUUCGCUAAUUCAAAUGGCUAUAGCUGAGACAUAUACUCGUUAAAUAAGUUUCGUCUAAUGACGACCAAGAUGCUACGUACCACUUUAUUUAUUAAUUUUAAUUAGAAAUUGAUAUAAAUUCCUUCUCUGCUUUCACCUCUUAGAACGGUGUGCUAAUUUGAAAUUUAUUCUAUAUCCAUCAGACGUAAGUAUUUUAAACUAUAUUAUGUAAAUCAAAAUCUUCAGUUGGAUGACAAAUGUAUUCAUAUUAUCUGUAAAUCUUAGAUUAAACCAUUCUAACUUUUACCUCUAUAGUUUAUCUGGGCUAACAUAAUAUUUUAAUAUUCUCUGUUAAUAAACGAUCCAGAGGCAGUUUAGAAUUGAUGGACUUCCCUAAUUCAGUCGGGCCCGCACUCGCAGAAAUUCCCACACUUCUGGUUGGCAUUCGUGUUUUGAUCUUUGGAUGAAUUAAUUCUUUGAUAAUCAUUGCUAGUAUUAUUAAAUUUAGAAUUGCUUCAAAAUUUUCUUGUAAUAAAUAUCCACAUCGGAUCUAUUUCACUUUUAAAAAAAUGACAAGAUAAAUGAAAAAAAUUAAAGAUGUCAAAAAAAUUCGUAAGUCCAUCAUAUUCUGAAACAGACCUUGAAGAUCGUUCUUUAUUUUAAAAUAAUAAUUCAUUUGUUCUCAAUAUUUGCAGUGAUAUUCGUCGUUUAAAUUAGAUUUUUGAAGCGUUUUUCAAAGGCUGUUCGAAAGUUACUUCAUUAGUAACUUUCUGUAUUAAUGCUUUAGAUUAUUCUCAUAUAGGUUUGUAACCUACGAACUUCUUGUAGGAAACAACACUCCAUUACUGAAAAUCUUUAUAAGAAAAGCAUUUUAUUUUCCAUAAAUCAUAAAAGCAGUCAUAUUCGCUUAAACAACAUUUAAAUGUUUAAUUUGAUGUAUUUUUAAAAAUGAAGUCUGUUUUUCUAUAUCCGUUUCAAAGCUUUCUGAUUAUUAAAUUUAGUAAAGUAAGAAAUGUUAACAUUUCUCUAUACUUUAUUAAAUUAAAAUAGCAUCUGGUAUGAUUCGCAUUGCAAAUAAUAUUUAAAAUCAAAUUGUUUUAAUUGUAAUCAUUUUAAUUGUUUAAUAUUAACUGGUGCUAAACUGUUGUUUGCUCGAUUUUUUUUCUUGUUCUUUGAGUAAUAUAAGCAUCUAUAAAUUCUAUAAAACAUGUUUAGAUUAAUAUUGUUAUAAAUAAAUGUUUAAAUUCCCUGUAUCAAGAUUGUAUAUUUGUUAAAAAAUGAAGCGUUAAAGGUUGUAAGAGUUUUAUUAAAAUGACGAUUUCAUAUUAUGUAGGAAAUAAAAUUUGACCCUAAUGGCCUAAAUAAGCAGAAUUCAUUUGAAGAAUUCACCUAAUAUUUUUUUAAAAAAAACUUUUACUGUAUUAAAAUAAAGAGUAAAAGUAAUUACGUUUUGUUUUCUCAUUACAAUGGAUUUUAAAAAAGGCCUUGAUUGUUGUUACCGAAACAUAAUUGAUAGAUUGAUUUAAAAUCAAAAUGUGGAUCAAAUUUGUGUUUAUCUUCAAAUGAAAAAAAAGUUUUAACAUUCCAUUUUCUGUUCUGUAUAAACUGAAAUUUCAGUCUGUUUAUUUUUUGAAAUGGACCACAACAUAAUAACUGUAUUAACAGAUUUGUUGGAGAUAUUGCCUGUAUAUUGAUUCUUUCCUAAUUAAAAAAUGUGCAGUCUGUUACUUGUUAUGUGUAUAUAAUAAUUCAACGUAUUAAUGUUAUUAAUUUUUAUCUUGUAAGAUAAUUAUAUAUUGAAUGUUGAGAUUCAGUUUAUUUGACUUACGUUGAUAUAGAAAUAAAAUGUUUGCAUAUGAAGCAACAUUUUACAGUUAAAUUUUUUUUUAAAUCCUUUUCCCUUUUAUUUCUAUUACAAAUGAGCUCCCAAAAACUGAAUUCCUCUAACAUGCUAUGUGAAUGAAUGUAGCUUCACAUAUCCGUGUUUUAAUUUUUUAAAAUAGAUUAAGGAAUUACGCAAGUAAAACCUUUAGACUAGAUCAGCAAGUUUGUAAUAUUAGAUCUGGUUUUCUUUCCACGAGUCACCAGAAUUUUUAUUUAUUUAAUCACCUUUUUUUGAGUACUUUAUUUCAUUUAAUAACAAAACCUGUAUGUUACCCUUUUAAACUUAUCCAAUGACUAAACUCCCAAAAGACUAUAUUUCUCAUUUUUUUUUCUCAAGAGCAUACCAACUUUGGUCCAUAUUCACGUAGAUUAGUUGUUUCUUGUUGUAGAAAUAGACUUUAUAUAAUUUGUAUUUCCGUAGUGUAUAGUUGUAUUUAUGUAACAUUAAGAAUAUUUCUGCUCUAUCAUGCUGGAUAUGUAUUGUGUAUGUUCAAUGUGCAUUGUUCAAUGGAUAGAAGUGUCUUUGUCAGGAAUGCGUUUUUGAAUAAUUUUAUAAGGUGAUAUCCAUAGAUUCGUCAAAACAGAAAAAAAAAUCCAUCUUUCUAUUUUAAAUUUAUAGUGAUAAUUUCUCAUCUUUGGUAUAUUAGUACAAUAAUCAUUCAAUGCUGAAUUUCUGUCAAAAAAUUAGUUUCGUCAUAUGUUUAUCUUCCAUGUUAAAAGAAAAGUAUAAACAUUUUUUUUAAUCCUUUUUUCUCAUUCUUGAAUCAGGAUCACCUUGGAUUAAUGCUUGUGAAUGCUUUUAGAAAUAUAAUUUAACUGCUAUACGCAUUUAUGCCAUUGAUCAAAUAAACACUUUUCAUGUGUAUCAGUCUUCUUGAGUUUGUAUAUAUUAAUUGUAUAUAUUUUCUCAAAUGCAUGUGAGGAAAAUAAUGAUUCAUUCUAAAACUUUCUAUCGUUUGGUAAUCAUUAUCAUUAUUUUGUGUCAUGUCAAUAUCUGCCUCCUUUUAAUUCAGUACUUCAAUAAAAAAUUUCUUAUUUCAAUAUGAUUUCCAAAACUUUUAUUGCAUGCUAUAUAUUUUGUCUGAAAACCUCUAUAUGUGACGUAUAUGUUAACUGGAACUAUCAUCUUAAAAGUUGUACUUCUACCAAAUUCCUUGUAGAAAUAUUGUUCACUUGCAUUUGUGUUAUUCAUCAAAUAAAUUAUGAA